AUGUGGCGACAAAUACGAGAGCGAUCCACCUCGAGAGAUGGGAAGAAAAAAGGAAAAAAACUCGUCGCCGCUGCUUCGGUGCCGAAUAAUUUACCGACUCAAGAGUACAUUCAAUAUCCAACGGUGAAAGCGGCAAAAAGAGAGGCGAACGCUUUAGAGGCACAGUUAGCGAGCCUUCACGAUGAGAUGAAAAGUCUACGAGUCGAGUGUGAUCGAUUGAUUCAUAAACAUCUCAAAGCAGAUGAAACUCAACAACAAGGAUCCCACCUCGGCGAGAGCUCAUCAGCCUACAAUACAGGCGGUGACAGUUGUCGAUCGGCGAGCGUCACUCCAGAGGGAACUCUUCCUGUGAUGACGUCAUCCCUUCACUCUCCUCCAAAAUGCCCAUCUUGUAUUGCUCUUUAUUCAAACCCUCCAACUCCAUCAAUCGCAUCAACCACAUCUCGACCGACGUCGGCGGAAAGGCGACAAAGAAACAUGACUCAACGAGUACAGUCCACAGAAAUGCCCGUUUUGGUUGUCGAUCCAACAGGGGCCGUUGUUGGAAGAUCGCAUGUGCCCAUUUCUCCACCAAUUGCCGUCGUUCCUCCAAUUUUGUCUCUUCAUCCAAGCGAUUCUGUCUCAUCCGUCAAGACAUAUCAAUCAAGAAAUACAAUCAAAGAAAACCAUAGCACAAAUUGGAAACCAAGUGGAUCAACUCUACACAUCCAAUCACCGAAAUUCAGAGUCCCAAAGUUCUCGAUCGUAGCCAGAAGUCCACAGGUAGCACCGUCCACAGGUCAGAAACACGUUCCGCCGCAAACUUCAAAGUCAAAACCCCAACCGAUUGAGCCAAUUCGUCAGAGUGAACCGGAUCGUUUCCAUCCUCGUCUUUACAUGUUCGAUCGACCAAUUGAUGAAUUGGGAGAAUUGAGUGAGGGAAGUGCUGAAGAAGUGGAUGAACAAAAAGAGGCAGAAGAACAACAACCGACAACAUCGAAACAAGAGAAAGGACCCGUUGAAUAUAAAUGGAAGGUAAAACGUCGUUGUGAUGGUAGUCGAUAUGUUGUGAAAAGACCGAUGAGAAAUCAGGUGCUAAAGAAAAGAGAAGCUCAACUAUUGCGCGAAAGAACCGGGAUAAGCACGGAUGAUGAUGCGAUGAGUGGAGUGAAGCUCGGUCACUUCUUCAAUCGAGAGGAGCGGAAACGGCAAUUGGAGCACGAAAAAAUGAGGAAAAUUCGACAAGAGGAGAAGAUAAAUCAAGCAAAAGAAGUGAUCACGGAUAAGCUGAUCGUCGAUUUGGCUCAAAGGAAGAUGGCUCGUCGACAAGCCCCAUUGGAUGGAUUUGUCUCGACGAGGGAAUACCUCUCGCAAAGACAUUCAACUACAGCACAAGGCCCACCACCUCCAGCUCCAAUACUUGCCGUCACCACUGUA